AGGGAAGACAACAAGCUAGCAAACAUUAUCAGUCAUCGCCGCAAAUUGUAGCUGGUUGUUGUUUGUUAAUUUGUUUGAGAAAACGCAAGGCAAGAAAGCACUUUAAAAUCAUAAUCUAGAUAAUUUGCAAUGCGAGAUUGCGGCCGUUCCUCGUUUUGUCAUGCAUUCGUUUCAAGCUGGCUACAAUUUAAUGACAUGCUAUUUUUAUUGACAUUGUAUUAGAGUAGGGAGAAAAAAAACUUGCAGGCCGCGAAAAAUCCUCGAGCUGGAGUAUAAAUUAACGCUGCAGAAAAGCACCAAGACAGGCGCUGAAAUCGACCAGAAAAAAAUCGUUAGUUACAUGCUCAGAUUAUUCAUGUUUGGUUAACGGUAGCUCGACUAGCUAACUAGCUCGGAUAUGAAGACUCGGGAAUUGGUGUCUGGCUUGUGAGUCAGUCCAGUGAGUGUCGUCUCCUCCCCCUCUCCUGCCUUCCCUGGCCGAGGGAGAGAUGGCGGCCUCCCCUCCCGUCCUGGUGGUGGCGCUGCUGUUGGCCUGGACCGUCGGGAGCUGGGCAGGGGAUUGUAAGGGCCACAGGCAGGUGCUGAGGGGCCCCCCAGGAUAUGUCACAGACGGGCCCGGCAACUACUCCGUCAACGGGAACUGCGAGUGGCUUAUCAAGGCCCCUAGCAGCAGCUACAGUAUCGUUCUGAACUUCACUUUCAUGGAGACGGAAUGCACAUACGACUACCUGUUUGUCUAUGAUGGAGACUCCUACGACAGCCCCCUGCUGGCCAGUCUGACUGGCACGACCUUGCCACAGCCCAUAGAGGCCAAGUCAGGCAAGAUGCUGCUCCAUCUCUUCAGCGACGCCAACUACAACCUGCUGGGCUUCAACGCCACCUACACGUUCUCUGUGUGCCCGGGAGACUGCGGGGGUCAUGGCCGCUGUGACACGGCCUCAGCCCGCUGCCUGUGUCACCUGGGCUGGGGGGGGCCGGACUGCACCACCCCGCUCUGUUCCCAGGCCUGCGCCCUGCAUGGCGCCUGUGACGCGAAAGGGGAGCGUUGUCUCUGCAGCUCUGGCUUCGUGGGGCGGAGUUGCCAGCUUGGUCUCCGUGACGACAGUGGGGCAGGGCAGUGGUGGGAGGUGAGCGGGGGCGAUGCGCAGAUGCCCCCCCGCACUGCUGCUGCUGGGGUGUACCUCCCCUCCGCUGGAGCAAUGUACCUGUUCGGAGGGUUUGAUCUGAACAAAGCUCUCGGGGACCUGGUGAAGUACAACUUCUCAACCAACCAGUGGGAGCAGAGAUCACAUGCAUUCAGUCCGGCGGCUCGUCACUCUCACACGGCCAUGGAGUGGCAGGGGACCAUGGUAAUCUUUGGGGGAGAGCUGGCUGACGGCUCUCUGGCCAGUGACGUCUGGAUGUACCGCCCCCUGGAGGACAGCUGGCAGCAGCUCGGCCAGUCCGACUCACUCGGAGCACCAAGGCUGGCCAAUCAUGCAGCUGCCAUCGUGGACAAUUACCUUUAUGUGUUUGGGGGACGUACAGAGGAGGACAUGUUUUCUUCGUCUCUGUAUCGAUUUCGAUUGAGGGAGCCUCUGUGGGAGCUGGUCCGGCCCUCUGGGGGGAAACCGCCUGCUACAGCGGGACACUCCAUGGUCUUUCACGCCCCGUCCCGAACACUGCUGGUCUACGGGGGGCACAGACCCACCACUGCCAGGUUCAGCGUGCGCGUGAACUCAACCGACGCGUUCCACGUGGAUCGCCGCUUCUGGACCUCCUUCCGGUCCCGCUUCCCCGCCAGCGGCCCCCGAGAGAGGGCCUUCCACUCCGCCACCAUCAUCGGCAACUACAUGGUGGUGUAUGGAGGCAAUGUUCACAUCCACUACCAGGAGGAGAAGUGCUACGACGAGGAGAUCUUCUUCUACCACCUGGGCUGUCACCAGUGGGUCAGUGCAGGAGAGAGCCUCGUUCACAGAGGGGAAACUGUGAGAGGACGCUACUCCCAUGUUGCCGCGGUGAUGGAGGGGCGCGUGCUGCUGGUUGCUGGGGGUUACAGUGGGGUUGCCCGGGGAGACCUGGUUGCUUACAAGGUUCCGCUGUUUGUCAGCAGUGACCCAGGAGACAGGGAUGCAGUGUGUGCGGAGGCUCCGGAUGAGAGCUGGUGCCUGAAGAACCCAGAAUGCAGCUGGUGUGAGGGACGGUGUCGGGAAUAUCAGCCUCUCAACCCGUGUGGCAGCACUGGGUGUCUUGGCCUGGCCAGGUUCCUGUCAGACUGCCAGUCCUGUCUGGUGUUCAGCGGGGUGCCGGGCUCUCUCCCCCAAGCCCCCGGAGAUUUCGGCUGGUGUGUGCAGAACGAGUCCUGCUUACCUGUGUCAGAGCGGAGUGCGUGCCGUGUGGACCAGAUCUCAGGGGCGUACGGCUGGUGGGGGGAGCGCACCCGUUUCCUCAACUCCCUCCACUCCUGUCGCACUGAGAACUAUGUCCCGGGACUGCACCUGCUCACCUUCCAGCACCCCCGCAACGACUCUCAGCCCGACAAGGUCUCAAUCCUGAGGAGCACGUCCAUCACACUCAACCCCUCCACGGAGAUGGAUGUCACCCUGCAGUUUCGGGGCUUUAUCCACCCCCUGUGGGGUGCCCCUCCGCCCGCACCGCCCCCACAGGAGACUGUCUCCAUGUGGGCCCGAAUUCAGAGGCUCCACUUCACCGCCCGUAUGGCCGCCGGGCCCAACUCCCUGCAGCUGUCGGAGGUGGUGGGCCGCUGGGCAGCUCAGCAGGAGAAGGAAAGCCGUCUCCUGGCCCGCCCGGGCGGGGGUCGCCUCUUCCAGAACCUGACCCGCGGGAACCGCUACCUGGUGGAGGCGGAAGGCUAUCUGAAUAACUCUGGCUCGGGGCACACCAGCGAGAUGGCCCUCACCUGGAACAGGACCGCCCUGCCUGGGGGAAGCGAGAUCUCCUUCCUGUUUCUGGAGCCCUAUCGCUCGGGCUCCUGCUCCGGGUACCGCUCCUGCCUGGCCUGCCUGUCUGACCAGUCCUGCGGCUGGUGCCCCCCCCAGAACCGCUGCCUGACCCGCGGCAGCCCCACCCUGGAGCCCUGCCACGAGGCCCAGGGCGAGGAAGAGCGCCACCUGCUGCUGGCCCCGCAGCACUGCACCCUCUGUGAGGACUACAGGGACUGCACUGCCUGCACGCAGGACCCGUACUGUGAAUGGCAAAUAAGCUCCAGCAAAAAGGGAGACUACCAAUGCAGCCGACGGGGGAGGCUGGACGGGUCCAUCCGCAGCCCAGAGGGGUGUCCCAAAGUCUGCAAUCAGAGAAAGACGUGCGGGGAGUGUCUGUCCAACUCCAGCCAGUGUGCAUGGUGCGAGUCCGCUCAGGCCUGCUUCUACUUCGCCGCCUACCUCACCAAGUACCCGUACGGCGAGUGCCGAGACUGGUACGACAGUGUUCACUCGGUACCGCAGUGUAAGCAGUGUUCAGCGCUGUCCUCCUGCACAGACUGCCUGCAGACCUUCCAGUGUGGCUGGUGUGGGGACUACAACAACCCCACCAUCGGCAGGUGUUUGCGAGGGGACUGGGCGGGGCUGAGAGACUCCGCCUUCUCUAACUGCAGCAUGGCUGUGGCUGAAGUCCGAGCCUCCAGCCCGGAGCCACAGACCUCCUCCCCUCCACGCGUGACGGAGAUGGAGCUGGAGCCGGAGCACCUGGAGGGCGUGGUGGAGGGCGAGAGGGAGGCGGUGUGGUCCUACCCGUCCUGCCCCGACGUGGAGGAGUGCCGGCUGGGCCUGCACAGCUGCCACCCCUACGCCACCUGCGUCAACACGCCCACGUCGUACGAGUGCCACUGCGAGAGGGGCUACACCGGCGAUGGCGUGCUGCACUGCAACCAGACCUGUUACAAUGAGUGCAGAGAGGGGCGGUGCAGCGGGAGCCCACGGUUCGAGUGCGAGUGUGCGCUGGGCUGGACAUCAGACCCCUCCACCCUGGUCCUGAGCGGGGUGGAGUGUGACGUGGACUGCGGCUGCAAUUUCCACAGCACCUGCGUGACCGCGCCCGGGCUGUGUGACCGCUGCCAGGACUGGACGACCGGACCGCAGUGUGAGCAGUGCCGGCCGGGCAGUUUCGGCUCAGCGAUCGCGGGGGGCGGGGGGUGUCUGCCCUGCCAGUGCAACGGUCAUGGAGACCCCCUGCAGGGGUACUGCCACAACCAGACGGGCCUGUGCUACUGCACCCACCACACGCAGGGCCCGCACUGCGACACCUGUCUGCCCGGUUACUACGGCGACCCCAGGAACAACGGCACCUGCUUCCGGCAGUGUCAGGGGCGCUCGGUGCUCCUGUCCUCGUCCUCGUCCCCGCCCGUGCCCCUCUCCUCCUCGCUGGGCUGGCGCGGGGGCGCGGGGGGUCAGGGCGGCCUGUCCCACUGCCUGUGGGUGCUGUCUGUGUCCGAGGACCUGUCUCCGUGUCUGCCCGAACAGCUGUGUCCCUCCGUGGCUCUGACGCUGCACCCGGACUCCUACACGCAGUGCACUAGCUCCUAUGUGUACAUCUUUGACGGCCUGCCACGAUUCCUCGACAACGGUGUGGUGCACUCGGACCACAACCUAAUUGGUGCAUUCUGUGGGACGACUCGGACUCAGCCGAUUACAGUGGAGGCUACAUCGGGAGUGAUCUCCGUGUACUUCGAGGCCAACGUCUCCUCGGGUCUGCCCCAGGGCUUCAACGCCUCCUUCUGGGUGCGCCGCUGCCAGGAGGGGGCAGCAGAGAGCGAGGACGGGGCGGCCCCCUGCCAGGGCAAGGCGCAGUGCCAGGGGGGCCUGUGCCAGUGUCCCCACGGAUUCGGCGGCCCGCACUGCGACAAGGCUUUGUGUCCCGGGGAGUGUGGAGCCUCAGAGGGGCGGGGGACGUGUGACAUGACUCUGGGUGUGUGUCUGUGCUCAGAGGGGUGGGCUGGCUCAGACUGCUCUUCCCCAGUGGACUCCAGCAGCCUGGUGUGGGAGACGCUGCUGGACACUCAGCUGACUGCGAACCAGGCUCACAGAUUCCUCCACAGGAUGGGUCAUUCCCUGGUCUCGGGCCCCCAGGGAACACUCUGGAUGUACGGAGGCCUGUCUCUCUCAGAGGGAAUCCUGGGAAACGUCUACAGGUACUCCGUGUCAGAGCGGCGCUGGACUCAGAUGCUCACCAGCUCAGUGGAUGAAGGCUCCGCCCCGAGUCCCCGCUAUCACCACGCCUCUGCCCUUCUGGCCAAUCACGAGCCUCAGUCCGGAGCCCACAACAUCAUGCUGGUGGUGGGCGGGGUCACACACAGUGGCGUCGCUAUGGAUACCUGGAGCCUCAACCUCAGCAGCCUGGUGUGGAAAGAGUACAAUAGCUCAGUGCUGCCCCCGGUGGCCGGACACACCCUCACCGUGCGCCGCGGCCUCUCGGUGCUCCUGAUCGGAGGGUACUCCCCAGAAAACGGCUUCAACCACCACCUCCUCGAGUUCAACCUGGACUGGGGCAACUGGACUGUGGCCCCCCACACUGGAACGCCCCCUACAGGCCUGUACGGACACUCCGCGGUGUACCACGAGCAGACGGACGCGGUGUACGUGUUCGGCGGCUACCGCUUCCAUGUGGAGUCUGUGGAGCCAUCCGGGGAGCUGUACAGCCUCUACUACCCCAACCUCACCUGGUCCCUGCUGGUCCCGUCUCAGGGGAACAAGCCCCUGUCACGUUUCUUCCAUGCGGCCGCCCUGCUGAGGGACACCAUGGUGAUCGUGGGGGGCAGGACAGGCGAAGAGGACUACAGCAACACGGUGUCCCUGUAUCAGAUCAACUGCAACACAUGGAUACAGCCAGCCUCCUCGGUGGGAGAGCCGGUGAACAGGUCGGUGUCUCUGGCCAUGGCGGGCUGGGGGGGCCGGCUCUACCUGUCGGGGGGGUUCAACGGGGUGACGCUGGGGCGCCUGCUCACCCUCACCCUGCCCUCUGACCCCUGCGCCCUGCUGCCCACGCCGGGGGCCUGCAACAGCACCACGGGCAGCUGUGUGUGGUGCAGGGGGACCUGCGCCUCCUCGGACACAGCGGAGAGGCUGGGGUGCGCGAUCAGCCAGUCCCCCUGCUCGCCCACCCCGCGCCUCCCGGACCAGUGCCGCCGGCUCAAGACCUGCAGCGAGUGCCUCGCCCGACACCCCAAGACCCUGUCCAACCCCACCCAGUCGGUGCUGCAGUGUAAGUGGUGCACCAACUGCCCGGAGGGCGCCUGCAUCAGCAGCUCGGUCAGCUGCACGUCGGAGCACGACUGCCGCAUCAACCAGCGCGAGAUCUUCCUGUCCAGCAACUGCACGGAGACCAGCUGCGAGGCCUCCGACUGCCCCAAGUGCACGGCGUCCGGGAAGUGCAUGUGGACGCGGCAGUUCAAACGCACCGGUGAGACGCGACGUAUCCUCAGCGUGAACCCCACCUACGACUGGACGUGCUUCAGCUACGCGCUGCUGAACGUGUCGCCCAUGCAGGUGGAGUCGUCCCCCCCGCUGCCCUGCCCGCCGCCCUGCCACCACCUCACCACCUGCGGCCUGUGCCUGGGCUCCCGGGGGUCCGACGGGGGCUGGCAGCACUGCGUGUGGAGUGUGGCCCUGCAGCAGUGUUUCAGCCCGUCCUUUGUGCCGCUGCGCUGUGAAGCAGGCCAGUGCGGGAGGCUGCUCUCCGGGGGGGACUCCUGCUCGCCCCAGUGCUCCCAGCUCACCCAGUGUUCCCAGUGCAUCGCCCGGCCGCAGUGCGGCUGGUGUGCCGCCCGGGGGGGCAACGGGGCCGGCCGCUGCCUGCAGGGGGGCCUGGAUGGAGUGAGCGAGGGGGUGUGCCCCCAGCGCAACAGCAGCUGGUCCUUCCUGCACUGCCCCGAGGAGGACGAGUGCGCCAACGGCCACCACCACUGCAACAGCACGCAGGACUGCCACGACCUGCCCCAGGGCUACCACUGCACCUGCCGGCAGGGCUACGUGCUCAGCAGCAUCUCCGGGCAGUGUGAGCCAGUGUGCGCCCAGGGGUGCGUGAACGGGACCUGCGUGUCGCCGGGGGUGUGUCAGUGUCACUUCGGUUUCGUGGGGGAGAACUGCUCCUCCCAGUGCCGCUGCAACAAGCACAGCAACUGCGCCGGCGUGUCCAAGCCCGACGUCUGCCUGGAGUGCCACAACAACACCAUGGGCCAGCACUGUGAGAAGUGUAAGCCGCUUUUCGUGGGCUCGGCAGUGGGCGGGGGGACGUGCCGGCCCUGCCGGGAGCUCUGCCGGGGCAACAGUGCCGUGUGCCUGUCCCGAGAUGAGUACAAGAGGGCCCUGGAUCACCCCGACGAGUACCCCCUGGAUCCAGAGAAUAUUGUGCAGUGGGUGACGGAGGGGCCUUCAGAGGAAAACGCGAUGUGCGUGAGCUGCCAGAACAACAGCGUAGGGGACAAGUGCGAGAGCUGCCUCAGCGGCUACUUCCUGCUGCAGGGGAAAUGUGAAAAGUGUCAGUGUAACGGCCACGCGGACACUUGCAACGAGCACGACGGCACUGGCUGCCCGUGCCAGAACAACACCGAGACGUCGUCCUGCCUGAACAGCGCACAGAGCGACAGGAAGGACUGCUACAGGCAGCAGUGCGCCAAGUGCAAAGACUCCUUCAACGGCACACCGAUCAACGGCAGGCAGUGCUACCGGCAGUUCAACGUGGACAACGAGUGCUGUUUCGACCCCACCUCCCAGUCGAACUGCUUCCACGAGCCCAACAUCCGCAACCUGCCCAGGGGCCGCACUGUCUUCUUCGCUGCCCAGCCCAAGUUCACCAACGUGGACAUCCGCGUCACCAUCGACGUCACCUUCGGGGAGGUGGAGGUGUACGUCUCCAACUCGCACGACACCUUCAUCGUGGAGGUGGACCGGCAGACGGGGGUGCACACCGUCAAAAUCGAGGACGACGGCGCCAAGGGGGACAAGGAGGUGCCGCCCUCCCCGAUGAAGGUGUUCGCCAACUCCACCUCCAGCCUCUCCUCGCCCCUCCUCCCCAACCACUCCCUGCAGCUCCAGAGCAAGCCCCAGGGGGCGGAGCGCGAGAUCCGGGAGGAGCGGGCCGAGGGCCUCAUCUCCUACAUCACGGUGUGGAAGCCGCAGACCGUGCUGAUCGUCCGCGGGGUGCGGGACAGGGUGGUGAUCACCUUCCCCCACGAGGUGCACUCCCUCAAAUCCAGCCGCUUCUACAUCGCCCUCAGAGGGGUGGGCACGGACGCCCACGACGGCCAGUCCCAGGGCCUGCUCUUCCUCCGGCAGGACCAGGCGCACAUCGACCUCUUCGUCUUCUUCUCCGUCUUCUUCUCCUGCUUCUUCCUCUUCCUCUCCGUCUGCGUCCUGCUGUGGAAGGUCAAGCAGUUCCUGGAUUUCCGCCGUGAGCAGAGGCGGCACAUCCAGGAGAUGACCAAAAUGGCGUCCCGGCCUUUCGCCAAGCUAACCAUCUAUCUGGAGCCCGAGGAGCCCCAGCUGAUCUACCUGCCUUCCUCUGGAGGGGUAGGGGGCAGCACCGUCUCGCUCUCCCACGCCAGAACGGGAAAGCUGGGAGGCGUCAUGGUAGGCCCGAGGGGGAGGCUGGGGGCCACGUCCUACAAGCACGACCCCGGCUCGGGUCCGACGACCCACCUGCACCACCACCUCGCCCUGGGAGGGGGCAACAGCGGCCAGCACCUGCCCCUGCAUUACCUGAACACCCACCACUACGCCCCCACCUCCACGACCAACCCCACCUCGCACCACCACCACCACCCCUCCACGCACAGCGGCUACCAGCACUUCUGCCGCUCCGACCCCUUCCUGUCCCAGCUCAUGGGCUUCUCGUACUCCUCCUUCAAGGUGGGGCCCAUCACCCUCGAGCCCACCGACGACGGCAUGGCGGGUGUGGCCACCGUGCUUAUCCAGCUGCCCGGCGGCAUCCUGGCACCCAACCGGGCGUGCCUGGGCUCCGCCCUGGUGACCCUGCGGCAGAAUCUGCAGGAGUACUGCGGCCACGGGAGCGGGGGGUGCCACCCGGGUGCCGGCGGGGGGCGCAAAGGGCUUCUGGGCCACCAGCACCUCACCACCAUGGCCAUGUAAAAAGCAGAGCGCACAGGCUGAAGGGGACAGCAAAGAGAGAGCGUGAGAAGAUGGCCGCCGAAGGCUGUCGAGAGAUUAUGGAGGGAGAGGGGAGAGCAGAAUGGGUUUGGAGAGAAACUGUUGAUAGAUAUGUACAUACACUAUCUUUUACUCCUUCCUUUAUUGCUAUUUUGAGGCUUCAGCAAUGUGUUAAAGUACAGUACGCUUUCAGCUCAGUGACAUCGCAUCCAGCCUGCAGCCAAUGUAGAGGCAGAAGUGCAGAUGACAGCCUAUCAGAAGAUUUUGUUGUUAUUGGUUCGGCCAAUGACAGAGAACACAGCGGAUGAUGUGAACAGCGUGGGAGAUGGACCAGUGACGUGCUUCAUAUCCAAAUGUCAUGAUCGUCGGAGGCAACAGGAAAACACGGUGACCAGUUCACUUGAAUGUGCAAGAAUGUGAUCAUUGUCCUGUCGUCUUGUCCAUCAAAAAAAAAAAAAAACAUCUGAUUGAGGUGGUAUUAUGCUAAUAAAACUGCACCAUUGAUAAAAACACUAAUUAAGAAGUAACUUAGGCAAUUGCAUGCUUUUAUGCAACAGGCCUAUAUUUAAAUCAAACUGUAUAGCUGUACCGUUAUACAAAAAAUGCCCUUAGCCUUCAUAAAUGGUUCUUUUAGCUAAUGUUGCAUUUGCCUGUACUUGCCUUUAUUCUCCCAGCCUUUGCUAUCAAGUACAGCUGUUUGUAUGUUAACUGUCAUAUAAUUUCACACCCAGUUGUAUAGUACCCCUUUCUACUGAGGUCACUAACUUUGCCGCCUCAAUGCCUGUUGAACGUGAUCGUAAUAGUAUGCUCUACUGUACUGUAGAAUAUAACCCUGUACUGUCAGGGGUUUUCUUAUGUCGAAUUAGUCUGUCUGUGUCCACACAUAACGCUACUGUCUUCAUGGGAGAGGUAUCUGAGCAUAAGCAUGUUUAAGAAAAACAAAUCUUGUGUAACAAACGUUACUACCCAGCCUCUUGGAAUUUUCUGUUACUUAAUUAUAUGAAAAAGCAGGAUAUUGAGAAACCAUUCAGUUGGACGCUGCUUAUUUGUCCCAUGAAUGAAGGAUGUGUAGGAU